GAAGGGAUUGCUGGGUCAUCCUGCUCUUGGGCACGCCGUGUUUGUGAUACACCCUUCCUGUGCUAAAGGACUCACUGUCCCUGUACUUGUCUGUCCAGCUCCAGAAGGUGAAGCUGUGGCCACUCAGGGAGCCCCCACCACAACCUCCGAGCCUCCCAACAAGCCACGCCUGGGGGAGAUGACUGUGUCAGAUGCCACCCCCGACUCCCUGAGCCUGACCUGGACGGUCCCCGAGGGCCAGUUUGACCACUUCCUGGUCCAAUACAAGAAUGGCGAUGGGCAGCCCAAGGUGGUACGGGUGCCAGGGCAUGAGGACAGGGUCACCAUCUCAGGCCUGGAGCCAGACCACAAAUACAAGAUGAACCUGUAUGGCUUCCAUGGGGGCCAGCGUGUGGGCCCCAUCUCUGUCAUCGGGGUGACAGCUGCAGAGAAAGAGACCCCUGCCCCCACAGAGGUGGAGGAGACCCCUAGCCCCACAGAACCCAGCACAGAAGCCCCAGAGCACCCAGAGGAGCCAAUUCUGGGGGAGCUGACAGUGACAGGAUCAUCCCCAGACUCGCUGAGCCUCUCCUGGACCGUCCCCCAGGGCCACUUCGACUCCUUCACUGUCCAGUACAAGGACAGGGAUGGACGGCCCCAGGCAGUGCGUGUCGGGGGUGAGGAGAGAGAGGUCACAAUGAGGGACCUGGAGCCUGGGCGCAAGUACAAGAUGCACCUGUAUGGCCUGCAUGAGGGGCAGCGUGUGGGCCCCGUGUCCACU